AUGGCACGCGCGGAGGCUGCACGACGUGCUGAGUAUACUGUAUGGGAUACGACGCCAGCAUCAUUUGACACGUCUCGACCUUCUCCGCCGUCCGUAUCAGCACAAACGCCUCCGCCGAUGGUGUUUCAGUGCAAAGAAUGCCUGCACAUUGUAGGCGACUCAUCUGCUUGGGUGAUGGCGCACAAGGAUCUAUCAAUGAUUGUGCUGCGAGAGAGUACUAAUGCUGUAACCAUCGACGAGCGCCAUACAACACAGGAAGCUAUAGCUGCGUCAGAUGGACUCUGCACUUAUACACCCCUCGUCUGUGCUCAUUGUGGACAUAUGCUUGGUCGUAAAUAUAAAUAUACCCCGCCACGCCUGAAUGACCUGCGCGGCCACUUUGCUUUUUAUCACAAUGCGCUUUUUGUCUACCAACUUGGGCUGUCGAGCACAAAGCGAGAGCCCUUCGAGUCUCCACGUCCUAUUUCGCCUGCUAUGGCCAAGGAUGCAGGACCAAUACCAGCGCACCAGCCUUCAGGGGGUCUACCAGCCGAUACGCUUCCUCAUCGCUCUGACGAAGAAAUGGAAAAGAUCCGGACCCUUCUUAUGGUCAUGGGCGAGCGCCUUAUGCGUGUUGAGCAAUACCUCCAACUCCCUUCAUCUACGACGGAUGCAACGACAAAAGUGUCCUCCUCCUCCUAUCCAACGUUUACGAAGAAAACACCGACGCCCAUGUAA